CAUCUGCAUUCACUUUCAGACCGCACAGUCUCACAAAAGCCGCAAACUGCAGAAAAUGGCCAACAACCUGCAGGGCAGCAUCCCCAGGAUCGUCCUCACCGGCAUCGACCCAGCCGCAGGUCCCCUUGACUCCCGGUGGACCACCGUGCGCGCCGCCGUCAUGGACGCGCUCGUCGAGCACGGCUGCUUCGAGGCCGUCAUGGACGGCCUGAUCGCUCCCGAGCUCACCGCGGCCGCUCUCGGCCCGGGCGGCGCGGUGGAGUCCCUCCUCUCUCUGCCUGUGAGCGCCAAGGCGCGCAACACCAGCCAGAUGCCGUACCGCGGCUACGUCGGCUCCGUCCCCGGCUUGCCGUACGAGAGCUUGGCCAUCGUGGACCCGCUCAACCCCGACGCAGUCCGCGCCUUCGCCGACCUCAUGUGGCCCGACACCGGCAACAAAUCCUUCUGCGAGUCGAUGCACGCGUACGCGGAGAAAGUGGCGGUGCUGGAGGCCAUGGUGCGGCGCAUGGUGCUGGAGAGCGCGGGCGCAACCGCCGAGUACAUCGAGGAGCAGGCGAAGGCAACGUCGUUCAAGCUCCGGCUGACGGAGUACGUGGCGCCCGGCACGGCGGAUGGGAGGGUCGUCGGCCUCCCCGCGCACCGGGACACGAGCUUCCUCGCCGUGCUCACGCAGAACGACAUCGACGGCGUGGAGGUGGAGUGUGGCCGCGGCGAGGGCGAGGGCGAGGGCGGCGGCGCCUGGGCUCGCCCCGCGCUGUUGCCCGGCUCAUUCCUCAUCUUCGCCGGCGACACGUUCAAGGUACUGACGAACGGCCGGGUGUUCAACCCGCUGCACCGCGUGGUGAUGUCCGGCGACAAGACCCGCUACUCCUCCAUCCUCUUCUCCUCCCCGAAAGACGACGUCAUCGUUCGCGCCAUCGACGAGGCAGUGGACGCCCAGCAUCCCGCCGUCUACAGGCCCUUCGAGUACGGCGAGUACGUCGUUUUCUGCUACAAGCCGGAGAUGCUUCGGCGCACCAACAAGCUGGACGCUUUCGCCGCCGUUCGCGUCGACGGAUAGAGCCAGAUUGGCUUCUCAAAACUGCCCUCAAUCAAAGAACAUCUGUUUGAUGUGAGCUUCUUUUGUGUCAAGUUGUUUGGUGGAUCAUCGUAUGCAAAAAAAAUAAAAAUAAAAAAUAAAGGAUCACGAUUCACGAGGCAUAAGAAAUAUAUAUAAUUGAAUGAUGGCCUGAAAUAAUGUGAAAAAAAGAACACAUUUCGUGAUGUACUACACUACAGCCAAAGAUUGUUCAGCUGCACUUUGUUUUUUUUUUUCACAUGCGUGUUGUCGAUUUUUUCCACAAAAUUUGUGCUCGAAUAUAAUUAUUUCCAAUCACUAGAUA